UAUUUUCUGUUCUGAACAUUUUUGUGGCGAUGGCGGGAGAAAACAAUUUGCUCUCUUUCUUAUUGUAAAUUGUUUUCUUUUCUACUUCUCUCUCCUUUAUUUCAGACACUCACUCUCUCUCACUCUGCCCUGAUCUCUUGCAAUCAGGACGUCUUCUCUUACCUUCCUUUCGCACGCAACUGCCAGCUUAGUAAACUCUCGUCUUUCUACUUACACAACUUUAUAUAGUCACUACUCUCACUAUCUCUUUAUUUCUCACUAUUUGUAUUCCUCUCUCCUUUUGUCGCUCUCUCAAUCACACACUAGUCUUUUUCUCCCCAGGCAGCUUCUCCUUCAUUUGCUCUUACUCAUCCCCUGUCUUUUUCUUUCCUUCUUGAUUUCUAUUCUCCCCCUUUUACAGUUUGUUUAUUGGAUGGGUUUAGAUCAACAAGCGCAAUGACCUGUUAGACGCACACAUUUCUUUUCUCUAUACACACAUACAUAGAUUUACACAGUAAACAAAAACACACAUCUUUCAGCUGUAUAUAUAUUUACACUCUUAUACAUACACAUCGCUUCCCGCUACACACACAAGCAUAUUACCAUUUAUUUACAUAUAUUUAAACACUGACACAUUCUUACUAACAUAUUCUCUGCCUAGUUCAUACCCACCUCAGCACCAGACGUACAGAUUGUGAAUUCUGUACAAUGUUUUGUGGAUAGUCUUGCCUGUCUCACCUCCUUUCCUCUGUACGUGUUUUAAAAGCAACAGUAAACACACUAACAUUGAAUUUUACCCCUGAACAAACUGGUCCACAAAUGGAAAACUGAAGUACAAUCAACUCUUUCGUCACUACUAACAACAUCAACUAUAAAGGAAAGAAAAAAUAUCAAACAUUGGAAAAGUUCCCAGGUUCUUUCUCUUUAUUGAAAGUUUCACACGCAUACUCUCCCUCCCUACCGUUCAGCGACUGGGGUUCAUUCCUCACUCACGUCACCGACAUCACUAUCAUCUCACCUACCACACAUACAUGGUGACAACAUCAAUAACGGAUAUAUCAAAAUGUUUAGAAUUAGACUUGCCCCUACACCUUGCGGUUUGUGCAACAGAAAGUUCAGGUAUUGCUGACUGGUUAUAUUCACAAAUAUAUGUAUGUAUAUUUAUCGAUGGAUGUGUAUGAAUGUGUGUGUUAUUUGUGUUAGUUUGUGAACAAGCAUAUCGUUUUGAAAGGAGACUGUUGCUGGAAGUUCCUUUUUAGUAGGUGGCCCAUUACUUCAUUUACAUCGGGAUGUUCACAGUACCGGCUUAAUUGAAACAAAAAAAUUAACGAAUUUAUAGUCUGCCCGAUCAUAAAUAAGUUUUCCGGUACACUCAAUUUUCAUAUACACGCACGCGCGCGCGCCCACACAUACAUUUUAUUACUGUAACAUUUUGUUUGUGUCUUCCCUUUCGAAGGGGGUAAAAAAUAUAAGUGUGUACAAUUAAGGAAAUAACUCUUGAAAGCCAUGGCAUCUGCCAGAGUGGCUCGCCUUCGAAAACAUGGAUCUACCAUGAAAGAUGCACCUUUACCUGACAAAGACGAUGAGAAAAACGGAAACAAAUUGGAAAAAUACGAUUUUUUAACAACUAUUGGUGCUGGUUCGUUUGGUCGUGUUGUUUUAGUGCGUCACAAAGACACCAAAGAAUAUUAUGCACUGAAGAUGAUGUCUAUUGCUGCAGUUGUGCGGUUGAAACAAACUGAACAUGUUAAAAGUGAACGUGAAAUCCUAGAAUCCAUUCACCAUCCAUUCAUUGUGAACAUGUCAUGGUCUUACCACGAUCAGAAUUUUCUUUAUAUGCUACUCGAAUAUGUACCUGGUGGUGAACUGUUCUCUUAUCUGCGAAAGUCUGGGUUUUUCAACAGUGCUUGGGCUAACUUUUUUGCCUGUGAACUGAUCUCAGCAAUAGACUAUCUCCAUAGUAAAUUAAUUGUCUACAGAGAUUUGAAACCAGAAAAUCUCCUCUUAGAUUAUGAAGGCCAUAUGAAAAUUACUGAUUUUGGUUUUGCUAAGAGGCUUCGUGACAGGACGUGGACAUUGUGUGGCACCCCUGAAUAUUUAGCUCCUGAAAUUAUCCAGAGCAAAGGACACAACAAAGCAGUGGAUUGGUGGUCACUAGGAAUUUUGAUCUAUGAAAUGCUGGUUGGAUGUCCUCCAUUUUUUGAUGACAACCCAUUUGAUAUUUAUGAAAAAAUUCUUAUUGGAAAAAUAACAUGGCCAAAAAGCAUGGACCCUGUUGCAAAAGAUCUAAUAAAAAAGCUCCUAGUUCAUGACAGGACAAGACGACUUGGAAACAUGAAGUCUGGUGCAGAGGAUGUGAAAAACCACCGGUGGUUUAAAGGUAUUAAAUGGACUGAUGUAAGGGAAAGAAAACUGAAGCCUCCCAUUGUCCCUAAGAUUAGUCAUGCCGGUGAUACGAAUAACUUUGAAGAAUAUCCAGAUGAAGACACAAAAUUUGUAGAGGAAGCUACACCAGAGGAUGUUGCACUGUUUACAGACUUUUAAGAAAUCUCUUUGUGUCAUUGUUUGUUAUUUUAUUUAUAUUUAAAUUAUAAUGGUGAAGAAAUGACUUUCUUUUCCUUCUCUAUUGAUUCGUAGUCAUUUCUCAUUGAAUAUUAUUGUACAGUCCCUAUUUACACUCCAUCAAUCUCAUGUCUACAACAGAUGGAACUGCUGGUAAAAGAUUUACAUUAAAAGCAUUUAACCCUAACUGAAGAUAUUUCAAAUAAAGAUAUUUCCUCCCUUUCAUGCCAUUGCAGUAACAUAUAUAAACAAUUCAGUUAAAUUCUUAAAUAUCUGCAAAUACAUUGUAUCUUUUUUAAGAUACAGUUUAAACUUUUCAGAUUAUUCUCAUUGAAAUACACUAUUUUUAAUGAAGUUUUGUAUUUUAAAUAUAUAUUAGGUAUAUAUAUAUAUAUAUAUAUAUAUAUAUAUAUAUAUAUAUAUAUAUAUAUAUAUAUAUAUAUAUAUAUAUAUGGUGGAGAUAGUUUAAAGAUAAUUCUUCCUGAUAUUUUGGGAUGUUUCAGGGUAUGCUAUCUUCAGAGGUUGUUGAUUUUACUAUUUCUUACUGUCAUCUUGUAGUAAUAGCUUAUGUUCUAUCAACACAACUGUGAGGAACAAAAUUCUAUAUAAUCAAGACUGGCAGCAAAUAAAUUUGGAGAAGGAGAAUACAUUUUUGUGUGAAUUUGUUGACAUAUUGUAACAAAACUCAUCUCAUUAUAACAGCGGACAAAAAAAAAAUCUUAUAAAUUAUACAAUCAUCAUGAAAAAGUAAUUAAUCUCAAAAUCGACACCUGAAAAGGUAUUUAUUAACUUAAUACUAUUAUUUAUUAACUAUCAAUAGCAUUACCCCACACCCUCUUUUUGAUUCUUCCUUCAGAUAUUUAUCUCAUCUAUUCAGUUUUAAGGUAAUUUUACUUUUUUAUCGUAUUGUUAUCUUAUUCAGUAAGAAACAAAAUAUGCAGUUCUCUUAUAUUUUAGCUGUUUCCUUAUAUCAAUUAAUAUUAUUAUUUUUUUUCUACUAUAUUCAAAAAGCAAUUCACAAAGAGAUAGAAACCAACCAUUAUGACAUGUUAAAGCUAGCUGUUCUAUCUGAUUACCAUUAGUUUACAACUUAAAUCACUUUAAAACCCACUUCUGUGACACCCAAUUUUUCAGUUUAAACAUGGCUUAUUUUUUCAUAAAACGUAUUUUAUCUGCUAACGGUCAUAAUGAUUUUCAGAUGUUGAUUAUGAACUUAUUUUCAGGGAUUUUAGACUUUUGAUUAGCCCUUUUGAUAUGAACAUGCCUGAAACCACCUCUAGUUCUAUGAUACAAGCAUUAUAUAUUUCAAAGUGAUUUGUAUUAAAACAUACCAUCAAUGUUUCAAGUUAAUUUAUUUUCCAAACACCAGCUUGAUAAUUAUAAAAUUAUUUUACUAAAUUCUUCAUUAUUUUUAAAAUUAAUUGAAACAAAGAUAAUGUAUACAACACAAAUAUGGUAACAAAAGAGUUAAAGAAAGGUUUUAAGUUCAAAACCAUGUGAUGUCUAUUCAGUUAAAGCAACAGUACUUCAUUGAAAUAUGGUUACUAUGUUAAUACUGUCCAAAUGUAAAGUGGAAACUUUUUCUUUUCUGUUUUUCACAUUCCUUAAGCCUAUCUGCUCAUUUAAAUAUCUGCUAAACAUUUAAAUUUUCUCUCCAAAGAUGAGCUUUGCUUAAAACAUCAGUACUCACGUUUCAUUAUGGUAUGAGAAAUUAUCCAAACUUGAGAACAGUUUUAGAUGUUGGCAAUAAAGUCAUAAGAGGUGUCUUCAAGUCAUGCUACUCCUGACCAGUAAUAAUAUCCAGAUGAACAGAGUGGCUCUAGUGAUAGAUCUAGGCAGUAGUAACUUCCAAAUCCCCACAGUUGCAGCAAUAACAAAUCUAGGCAAUAGUGAGGAGUACAUGAGCAUAAUUGCAAUAUAGGCAAAUUUUGGCACUAUUAAUGUACAUAUGAGUAAAGUUGCUGUAAUGACAAACCUAAACAUUAGUAAUGUCCAUGUGAGUAAAGUUAUUGUAAUGACUGAUUUGGUCAGUAGAUAUGACCAUGUCACCAGAGUUACUGUAAUGACCAAUCUAUGCAGUUGUAAUGUGCAUAGAAAUAAAACUCCUAUUUCAAAUGUUGAUAUAAUUUUUUCCCUGAUCAUCUUUGAUUGACAGUAUAUAAUUUUAGAGGAAUGAUUUGUAAGAUAAAAGGGUUCAAGGUUCUAGCUGCCUAAGAACUUCCUUAUCAAGAUAGCUGUAGUCAUCAGGAGUCAAGCAGUUUAAUGGAGAUAAAAGCUUAACCUUCAGAAAAGAUUAAAAUGUUGCAUAUCAAGUAGCUUACUUAGAUAUUUCUGACAGAUGAGAAACAAAAGCAGAUGAAUUUGUCAUAACAAACAACCUAAAAUGAGUAACAGUGUUGUAUUUGUUUCAGUCAUAAGGUCUUCUCUUUUCUAUGUGAGAGUCACCGCUAUUAAGUUGGUUGCAUUGCAAUUUGUAAGCUUACUAAACUAGAUGUAGAUCUACUCCAACGAGUUGUACUUGAAAAUAUGUACUCUCAUUAAGUUAGAUGUAUAUGUAGCUUGAAUAGAAAUAGUAUUGCUAGGAAGAAAGGUAAAAUCGUGGUUAGAGGUGCUAUAAUAAAAGUACCAUGCUGGAAAAGAGAUACUUUCGCUGGGUGGUAAAAUGCUAUCUUCUUGAGUAUUAUACAAAGUUGCAUCAGUAUUUAACCAGAAUAAUGAGUCAAAUUAAGAAUCCUCUUACCUUUCGCUACCCAUCAAUGACAUUGUUGCAGAGAACCUCAAAAUAAAUGUCAUCGGUGCUGUUCCUCUCCUUCCAAACUAAAAUAAUAAAAAUAUCAUGUGGUAAGAUAAUCUACCAAAUUUUGGCUCUGAAUAUCCUCCACUUCCUUCAGUAUGGAAAAAGUAGAUGCUACUCAAAUACUUUCGUACUUCCCAUUUGUUACUCUGGAGGCUCUUCCUCUUAUAUUUCUUUUAUAAUGGUCUUUUUUUUAUUAUUAUAGUGUGUGUUUCAUAACCUGUUACUAUUUCUUCAUACAAAGUAAGAAAUAUCAAGUUAAUCAUUGCUGCAUUAUAAUAUCAUAAAAAAUUUCACAUUCAAGUUGGUUUUUCUUUAUUUAUUUAUGUGGUUUAGUCAGGAGGUAGAGCACUAUGAUUAUGACCUCUGUAGGUCUUCCAGGACUGGUAAAACUGAUGAGGUUUAUGUUUGUAGAAAAAAUGAAGGCUGGAAGAGAAAUCCAGAGCUUCUUGGUUAGAGACACUCUUCUUGUGAAGUAAAUGGCAUAGUUAGUAGAAUAGGACAUGACAGAUGGGGGGAGACAAAGUAUGAACGACAAGAGGAACAGAAAAAUGGGUGAACAUGGUAGGUUAUGUCGUGAAUAUACAGUUACCUCCUUGAGAUCAUCAGAAGUUGUGAGGUUUACCAUUAAUAGAAACUUUGAAAGUUUUUAUUGCAUGUUGUCCAGGACUAGGGAAAAUGAGGUCCAUUGUUUCCUUUGGUAAGAUCAAUGAUUCUGUCUUUCUUCUGUUGAAGAAGACAAAUUGAAUAUGUAUUCUGCUAUUAGAUAAUAUUUUCAAGGUCUCUGUUUAAGAUCUGAAGUUUAUAGGUUGCAUUUGAAUGACGUGAGUAUGUGGAAAGCAAAGGCAAAGUGAAAAGUGUUGGAGGGAGCAGGAUUAUUUGAGGUGUUAUAUUGAAUAGUUUGUUUAUGUAUAGGUGGAAAAAUUUGGGUAGCAUAAAUGAACUGAACCAGAGUUGAUAAGAGUGUGGUUCAAGGAAACUCUCACCAGCAGAAAUGAUCUCACAAGGAACUUCUUACUCAAAAGAUAAAAGACAGACAAUUUAGCCAGAGACUUUCGUGCUAGACAUAUUUCAUAAAGUGCUGUGACAUUGUUUUACUCAAUUUCUCAAGAACAAAGGAUAGGACCACUGGUGAGUGAUUUAGGAAAGAAAUUCUCCAAUAGAGUUGGCUCUAUGCACGCCAUACCAGUUGUAAUUGAAGAGAGAGAAAAAUUGAAGGUGUAAAGGUGAUUGUUAAUGAUUGUUUCCAUCAUUUUUGAGAUGCUGCAAGUAAAAGUGAUAGGUCAAGAGCCAGCACUGACUUCUGAGGAUGUUACACUGAGGCAUGAUUCCAAAGAUCAGGGCAGAAUUCUUUAAGAGAGAGAGAAAGAUUGAAAAAUUUCAUGAAAGUACAGGAUAAGUGUAGGAAACACUGAGGACAAUGGACAGGAUUCUUGGUUUAGAGUGAAUUAAGGUGUUUCCACAUGGUGGAGUGAAGAAAAGUUUGGUGGAGUUUUACUUAGUGUGUACAAUGUUGAACUGGAUGCAGACAUAGAAGCUUUCUCUUUAGGAGUAUUGCUUAUGGAGCCAUCAUGGUUAAGGAGUAGUGGGUGGAAGGAUUCUGAAUAGUUGGUGGAAACCUUGGAAGAGAUAAAAAAAAAAAAAGGCUAGUUGCACUUUAAGAGACAGGAUAGCUUACAGGGUAUCAAUAUGUAAGGUUGUCUUUUGUUUUAUGGAUGGUCAUCUUUCAGGAGUUCUGAUGGCGGGUAAAAUCCACCCAAUUUGAAAUGGUGAGUGGGAUUUUUCUUCCUAAUAUUGUAUACCAUUUGCUACCAGGGAUAGUAUAUAACUGGUGGAGCUUCAGUCAGUUAGUGCCAUAGGGUUUUAAUGGUUGAGAGCAUCUCUCCAAUUUGGGUGAACACACUAGUUUAUUGGUUUUCUCACAGGUAUACACAAACAUGUAUAAUGGGUUUUUGCACAGUUUCCAUCUGCCAAAUUUAACUCAAAACUCUCAGUAGUUAAUUCAAGGCAAUGAUGAACGAGUUGUGCAGUGGGAUCAAGCUUAGAACUAUUCUGUUAACUCGGUUUUGAAGCAAACUUCUGAACCACACAAUUAUGCCUGAAUGUUUAGGGGUAGGGUUAAGGUAACUUAUCAAGAACGAAGAUUAAUAUUUACAAACUAAUGAGCAGCUGAAGGUUAGCUAACAAAUGGGUGGCUGGUGAUGUGGAAGAACAUUAAAAAGUGGUGUAUGUAUAACUAUUGUGCCUAAGAUUUAAGUUAAAGAUGGUAGUAAUAGAAGAAUGGGGUAAAUAAUUUAAGUUAAAAACCAAGAAAAUCAAUAAGUUUGGUGUAAGAUAAUUAGAAUUAAAUGGAAAAGAAAAACAUGAUAGAUUCAAAAUGUAAUUUGUCAACUGUAGCCAUAUGAAGAGAACUUAGACUCACCAUUGGACUGUUCAGUAAUUUCAUGCUAGUGAGUUGAUUGAAUGUGGCUCAUUGGGGACAUGAUUCAAGAGAAGAAACACUGGAGUAGAAUCAUGUUGUAAUGUUCCAGUUUUAGCUUUCUGCAGACUAAUGAACUGUUUCUCUUUUGCAGGAUAUCUAUUUACAUCUAAUUAAACUAGAUCAGUUGGGUGUUGGGGUAUCUUUGCUGGUGAUUAAAUACUACAUCAAUGACAGGAAAUGUCCCCUCAACUUUCAGUCUAAUAGCUUAUAUUUUCAUUUGAUUUGUGUUCCUCACUCUGCCCGAUUUUAGCCAAAUACUAAACUCUCAACAGCUGGGUCCUUGUAGCUUCAGCACUGUGUAUAUUGUGGAAUUGAAAAUAUAUAUUUUGUUGAUUUGCUAUGCUGAUAUAUAACUCAGGUAUAAAAGGCUAUCUUGUUCUAUGCCAGUAUCGAAUCUCAUCUGAAACUGGACCAAAGCAUGUGCUCCUAUGGUUUGUAAUAAUUCUGGGAAAUACUUUACUUAUAACAAUUUGGAAAUGAUGCUAAAAUUCAGUGGACAGGGGUUAACUUUGUCUUUUGUUUGGGGUUGAUAAAAGGAAAACCAGCCACCAACUAGGGUCAAAUCAUUCGACUAUCCCCUUCCUUAAAGCUAAUGACCUUGUGGUAUCCCGAUAAAGUUACCUUUCCUUCUUUCUUAGGUGAUUGGUAAAAUAAGUACCAGUCAAGGUUUAAGUGCCUUCACCUUUACUCCAAAUGUGUGGCCUUCUGCCUAUGUUAGAAACCAUUAUUAUUUGUUACUUAUCAAGAUGGUGAGCUGGCAGAAUCAUUGGUAUGUCAAACAAAAUGUUUCACGGCAUUUCGUCCAUUCUUACAUUCUGAGCUCAAAUUCUGCCAAGGUGAACUUUGCCUUUCAUCCUUUUGUGGUUGAUAAAAUAAGAACCAAUUAAGCAUGAGGGGUGGGGGCGUUGAUGUAAUUGGCUAGCCCCCUCUUCCCAAAUUUCAGGCCUUGUGUCUAAAUUAAAAAAGAUUAUUUUUUCUUAUCACUUGCAGUAUAUGGAAAAAAAAAAAAAAUGUUUUUUUUCAUUUUGCACAAUCUUUGUAUAUUGAAUUCAUCUGUUUACUACACUGGCAGUUAAAUGGUCAAAUUGAUUUUCAGGAACAAAAGGUUUUCCACAACUGAGAUUAUAAUAAAAGCCUAUCCUGCUCAUUCCUUAAAAACUUGUAAAACAUGGAUCACUGAAAUUUUAUUUUUUGUUGGUACAUGUAAAUGUAUCAAAAUAUGCAGCCAAAGUAAACAUAUUUUCUAAAGUGUAUUAAAAGUUAUACAAUAUUUAUUGAUAAUAAAAAUGUUUAAAAUCA